UCGACUCACCUCAUCGCGCUUGGAUUGCUUCUGUCUGCUUGCGCUGAGGCCGGCAGCACUGGAUUCAGCAGGCGGUUGCUGGUCUAGCACCGGUCGAGGGAUGCCGGAGCUCGCAACAGUAGAGCCAGCAUUGUUGUAUGGCGUGGUGCUCCGUGGCUGAUUCCGGCUCGGAUUGUUCCCUCGGGAGGCGUUUACCAUCGACAUGGCUGCGGUUGGCGACUCGCGGGCGUCGAGAAUGAACGUUCCAAAAUUUCGCCGUCGGGAGCAAGAAGGAAAAAAUCAAAGACGGAUUUCAAUUCUUCGAAAACCAGUUUUCGGAGUCAGCCAGAGGUUGCAGCCAAUGACAGCGGAGGAGGGAUUUUCAAGGGUGACGGAACGAAGUCGAAAGGUCGGUCACCAGAUAUUAAGCCCUGGCCAAGUCACCCCGGCACUUUUUCUUUUCUCGCCCACUGGGCCGACGAACGCUUCGGUUGGCGCGGCGGUUGCAUUGGCCCAGCGGGCAGCUUAUAGGCGGCUUAUAGGGCACCUGAGCAGUGAGCACCGCAGCCUGAAACCCGGAAACACCCAUCGUGGGCCGCUGGAGGGAGAAAAAAGCGCAAGCCGACCUAGCGCUGCAGGUGCUAAACAUCUAGCGGCCUUGGUUCAAGACCUUUGGCGGUAGGGCUCCAUUAAUUGAUGUGAUCCCAGCAGCAACUGCAAAUUUCGAAUGAGGGGCGCGUGAAGAGCGUAGAAAAUCGGUCCUGGGGCAGUUCUAGCAUGAAAAUAUGGACGAAAUGCUGAUGAGC